CUGUUGCUAGGAGAGGGCUGGAGUCGCUUUUUUCCGCAAGAGGCGGAAGAGCGUGGUUUAGGUUGGAAGCUGGGUUUGCGGGGACCCGGUAGCCCAGGCCCUGCGCCGCUGUCCCCGCGGAUCUCAGGGCGGCUCUCCCUCCCGACCCGCUAGGCCCAACCUCAGGGGUCCCUUUCCCCGCCUGCCUUAAUUCCAGCCCCUCGAUGCCUACACAGCCCUCCCCUCCAUAAGCGCCGGCCGCUUCCUCUCCCCUUUCCCCACAAAAUCCUCUCCUGUGGUGAAGGGGCAGCGCAGGCCAUGGUGAAGCUGGCUGCCAAGUGCAUCGUGGCAGGUGAGUUCCGAAACUGGCCGCCUCGGCAGCAUCGCUACAAGUCGCACCUCGUGCACAGGGACCUGAGAGUCCCUCCCGGGCCAAGGCAUGUCCUCGUCUCAGAGCAUUGCUGCCUCUGCACAAGCGCCCGCAAUCUAAGGAUGCGGUUAAGGUGUUCGGUUGCUUUUAUAGCAACGCAGCCUAACAGGAAACCGUUGCUUUUAAAUCAUUUCUGCCCCGCUCUAGAAAUCUCUUGAGAAUCCCUUCCUUCCUAGAUCGACAUGGUUAGGAUUGGGUUUUAUUUACAUGUAUAGUAAAGAGUAUAUGCCUUGGGUUAAUUUUGUGCCCUGUAGAAAGGGAAGCACAGGAGCACACCAGGUAGGAGGACUUGCUCUUCAAAAAGCGAAAACACACAAAGAGGAAAAAAGCUCGGCACACCUGCUAUCUACAGUAAUUAUUCUACUGUUCUGGGACCAGUUUGACCCUCCAAUGUCAAACAUAAGCUCUCUAGGGCAUUGCUGAUUUCUAUCAGUCACAUCUAAUUUUGGUUUUGUGAUGUGAAUGUUUUGUCUCUCGUGUUGCAAACUUUCUUGCAUCAGUUGGUGGCAUAUAAAUCAAUCAAUAAAUGAUUCUAGUUGUUGAAAAUGACAAUUAGUCUGCAACAGGUCCUCCUUUUAAGGGGGCAAAGGCUUUCUUUGCAAACCUGUAAAAGAAAACAAUGGUGAAAGGAAGAGAUUGUUCCAGUUCCAUGUUAAAUAGCAGGCAUGUCCACCUUUCAAGAGACUGAGAUCUACUCCCACUAUAAAAUAACUGGCAGUGAGUUACAUACCCCCCAUGAUCUACCAGUAGAUCAAGAUCUACCUGUUGGACGUGCCUGUUAUAUAGAAAUGGACUGUAACUGGCAGUUUGAACUUACCUUGAUUUGCCAGAAAGCAUAUUGACGGUUGGUUGGUUGGUUGGUUGGUUAGUUGGUUGUUUAAAAAAUCUGCAGAUCAGGAGGCACUGUAGGCUUUAGGAUCAGCUUUUAGACAUGCAAGUUUCCCAAAUAGAACAGAAAAUGCCAAGAUUAUUGAACGAUGAUGUGGUUUUAUCGCAUGCUUAGCAUUAUGGGAUGUUUCUUUAGAAUCUUAGAAGGGUCGUGACCCUAGAAUCAGAUUACUCUUUUGCAGGGGAUGAGGGCAGACUCUGAAGGGGGAGGCCAUGCAGGGCUAAUCCCCCAAAAGCUCUUCGAAGCAGGGCUGGUGUGUCCCGCUUGAGACGAAAUGAGACGUGCCACUCCACCAGCGUAGAAGGGCCAGCAUCAGCAAGAUUCACAAGAUCCCUUUGUGCUCCGUGAGAUGUUGCGAGAUUUCAGUGAGAUCUCGCUGGAAAUGGGAACCAACACCAGCACUGCUUCUCCACUGGUGGUGGAGGCGGCAGAACAGGCAGGGUGCCCGUGAGGGUACCAACUCAGGGACUUACUCUGCUUCAUCCUGCCUCAUAGGUGGGCAGUCAAUUGGUGCCAGUGCCCUUCUUGCCUAAGGAUGUAUCACUGCUGUCUUCAGUCUAGAGGACUCCAUUGCAGAGGCCCCCAUGAGGUGGGUGAGGCCAGAGCAGAAGACUAAUGGAGCAGGCUGGGGCCUUUAACUGAUAAGGCAACUACCACCAAGGGCAGGACCAGUAAUAGGUAUGCUGCCGCUAUAUAGAGCUCAAUCUCAAUUUGAUAAUUGCUGAAGCUACAUCAGCACUCUGCUGUGGGCCUCACAAUGAUAUAUUCCAUAUUUUUACUUUAAAAGCAAACCUUACACCACCAUUGAUAAAUGCAAAAUACUCAAUUUGCCUAAACAAAUUUUAUUUUCUAAUUGCCUUACAAGGUGGUCUAGUCAGCCAGAAGCGUAUAAAUUUGACUGUGUUGUCUCAUGCAUAAUGGACACAUUUUUUCUGCUAUGUCCAUUGGGUGCUCCUGUCUUACCUGGCAUCUAUGCAAGAGUAUGAAGUUUGAGUGGAGUAAACACACACAGACCAGCCGCCCUGAAAAGCACAAUUUCCUUCAAUUAGUCUUGGAAAUAGUUGCUCAAUUUGAGCCUAAAUACUGAAUUUUUCAUGCAUGUUGCUCCUGCGUAUGCAUGUCUAGCAGAACAAUUGCAUCCUGUGUGAACAGAGAGAAACUGUUGUGAAAUCUGAGCGUUUCGUGCAUCUUAUGCAGAAGAAUUAACAUGUUUUUCCUGUUCAAUUCUGAUGCCUAAAAUGUUGAUACUGAAUCCUGACAAUAUUGUUAUGAUCGGAAUUAAAUAUUUUUCCAUACUGGAAAGUACCGUAUGUUGCACCUUUAGGCAAUGUUUCCACAAUGCCAUUUGUUGUGUUCUGUACGGUAGAUCUCCUAACUUCACUCUUGUUCGCAUUAUGAACAUAAGACUGGACAAGGUUAUGAUUAGCAUUCAUUGAUAAUAAGAAUGUUGUGGCAAACUCAAAGAAGCAAAAUAAUAUUUAUAUAGUAGCAAGUAAAAUAUAUAAGUAGCCCAAAAGUGCUGUCCUGAUAGAUGGUGAAGAAAAAAGGUAGAAAGUCAGUUUCUGUAGUGUCCCAUGCUAUGGUCGGUAGUACCACAGCAGAUCUUUGGAGUUUGUGUACUUGCAAAAAAUUGAGAACAGGUGUCAUACAGCCUGAGGGCCAUGCUAAAUGCAGUUCUGGAGAAUCUUGAGCUGCCACAGAACUGGCAGGUAAUUAUUUUGCUCCUUGCUACAGUCCACACAAAAAAGAAAAAACAGCUUUCGAAAUGUGUGCUUUUCAUUUCAAGGUGUGAUGGGGGCAUCCCUUGAAAUGUAAAUUGCAGCUUUGAAGAAACAAUUUACGGUAUGUGGGCACUGUGGUAGGAAGAAAAACUUUUCCUCCCCACCUUUGUGGUCCAGAGACUCCUCAGCCUUCCCUCAGCCACUGUUUACACUAAAAACAUGCAUUGCUUUUAAUUACAUUUACACAAUGAAUGUCAUGUCUAGCUUGGUCCUGUUCCUUUGCCCAGAUAAAGGUAAAGGGACCCCUGACCAUUAGGUCCAGUCGCGGACGACUCUGGGAUUUUGGUGCUCAUCUCGCUUUACUGGCUGAGGGAGCCAGCAUAUAGCUUCUGGGUCAUGUGACCAGCAUGACUAAGCCGCUUCUGGCGAACCAGAGCAGCUCACAGAAACACCGUUUACCUUCCUGCCAGGGUGGUACCUAUUUAUCUACUUGCACUUUGACGUGCUUUUGAACUGCUAGGUUGGCAGGAGCAGGGACCGAGCAACGGGAGCUCACCCUGUCGCGGGGAUUCGAACUGCCGACCUUCUGAUCGGCAAGCCCUAGGCAAGCCCUAGGCUCUGUGGUUUAACCCACAGUGCCACCUCCAUCCUUUGCCCAGAUAGGUAUACGGUAUUUAAAUCCUUUGGUUUCAGCAUGCAUAUAAAAUGUAUAAUAUUGAACUGCUCAUUGUUUACAUCAGUAUUAUUUAUUUAUUUAGCAUUCCCCCCCCCUUUUGUUUAUUUAUUGAAAUUAUAUACCACUCUAUACCCGCAGGUCCAUUAUAUUUCUUAGAAUAUAAUUGGAGGAAGGAAGUAACUUAGCCAAAUUAGAAUAAAAGUUUUUUUCUAUUUGUUGUGCAGGUGACCCAGCAGUGGGGAAAAGUGCCUUGGUCCAGAUGUUCUGCAAUGAUGGGGCUCAUUUUCAGAAAAAUUAUACAUUGGUGAGCUUUUGGAUGGAAUGACAAGCACCGGGGAGGAGAGACAUCGGUGUUAUCUUCACAGAUCUGAAUGUUAAUCAUAGUGCUAAGUAUCUUGGUUACAUUUAAAACAUCCCAUCAGAAAAGUGGCAAGGAUAUAUUUACCUAGGACCAGUUUGUACACUUACACAACCAAUUAUGAUCAAAUGCAGGAGGAGCAAAAGUGCAUCCCAUUCCAUUUCCCACUACAGUAUAUGUCUAAGGAAAUGUGGAACAGGCACCCCGUACAGAGACCUGUAUAUGUGGAAACCCAAUUUGAGGGGGAAGACUUGUACAAAUCAGGUCUCUGCACUUGUAAGUCUUCAUGUUGAAACAUACUUUUUUGUAUUUACCUUAGGUGAGCAGAAAAAGAAGGGUGUACUAUUUCUCUUAUGAAGAUUGUUGCCUGAAAAGGGGUUUGAAAAAUACCCUAAAGAAUCUAUAGCCAGAGCUAGUCCUGCAGCAAAAUAAACUUUCUAUAACUGUGAGCAACUGCCUUCAUUUCAGCCUGGUUUUGUUUUUCCAGGCUAGUCCCAAACAUCCAUUUUUCAGAUUCUGAGUGUUUCUAUGACAUAUAAAUUAGUUUGUUAUAUUGUGAUGAUGAUUUGAAAAGCCUGAAGGAUUCUGUUGGCCCUAGGCAAGCAUAGUAUGAAAAUACACUUGCUUCCUCUGAAUCUUUAUGACAUGUUUACCUUAUUUUGAUUGACAGACAACAGGAGUAGAAUUGCUGGUGAAGACGGUACUCAUUCCAGAGACAAAUGAUAGUGUGGUGAGCCCAGCUAUGAUUUAAACAGAUAGACCUAUCUAGAAUUCUAUCUAAAAUAGGCCUAUCUAAAAUGCCUAUCUAGAAUUCUCAUUUUUUUCAAUGACUUUGUUUAACUUACUCCAAUUCUGUUAGUUAAUUUAUACAAACGUAGGAAAACUUAUUUGUAUAGCAUUAAUGUUGACAAUGCAACGUCUUGGACUCUCUAAUUUGUUCCAAUAACUUCAUACCCAUUGGGACUCCUACCUCUUUGGGAUAAAAUCAUGUACCUAUGUUGGUAUAUGAGUUGCUAUUUUGUCUAUGCAAUAAGUUGAUACUAGGAAUAGAAGCAGAAAUCAAUGUUUUAUAGGAAAGGAAAGAACAAGCUUUCUGGACCAUCUCAACCGCUUUGACUCUCCCUCAUCCCUCAGAGCUCUUUGCUGCCACCAUUUGGUGAGUUAGUCAUGGGCUGUUUGGUGAGAUAGGGCAGUGAAAUACUUGCAAGCUGGACUACGUUGGGCUAUGGUGUGUUUUCUUCUGUAUUUAAAAAUAUAAUAGUUAAUUCAUUUCUAUAGCUCUGUGGGUUACAUGUAUUAUUAUUAAUUAUUAAGAUUGUGAUCAUUGCUGUGCCUGAAGUGAGGUAGCAUUUAAAAACUGUUUACUUAGUAGGGAAGGUUUCAUGGCUACACAUUGUUUUUGCUUUUGCUUUCAGGAACUCUUCCUCUUUGACUCAGCAGGGAAAGAAAUAUUUUCUGAAAUGCUAGAGAAACUGGCAAGUAGAAUAUAAGAGUUUUCAUUCAACAGAUAAGCUCUGAAGCACCCCUGGCCUCCACAUCCCAAUUAAAGCUUGCAUAAGAACUGGGAGUAAUCAUUCCUUCUUGUCUUCCUUUUUCCUAACAACUGGAUGGAUCGUCACGGCGGGGGGCGGGCAAUUUUCCCCAUGUAUAAAAGUUAUUGGGAGGGGAAGAGAGCGGUUCAGUCUCCUAAACAAAAGUGGGCAGAAGUUUAAAUACAAUUGAGCAGUGCAGCACAGUUUCAGGUGUACCAACUAAUGCCUUCUGGUUAUUUGAAUUCUUUCAGAUAAUUAACACAGGCCUUUGUCUGAUCCAGCAAAACACUUAAACCAGAAUGCAUAUUUUGGGAUCGUUUCACAGAAAAUAGUUAUGCCUUAAUUUGGCUUUGCACUCCUGCUUUGUAAAUUGAAAGCCCAUGGAUCGUAUUGUGCAGAGAGCAUAUUUGCAUAGAGCAGGAAUAGCCUGGUGCCCCCAGAGGUUGUUGGACAUCAACUCCCAUCAUUCCUGACUAUUGUCUGUGCUGGCUGGGACUGAUCAGGGUUGGAGUCCAGAAGCACCUGGAGAGCACAGUGUUGGCUAUCCCUGACAAGGAAGACCUUUUUAUGUUUCCCUAAUAGAUCUUCAACUUCAACUUGCUUUGUUCUUACGUGUUUGGUAGCUUUCCUAGUUUUUAAAACACUGGGGCAGUUACGCUGAUUCACGAAGUGGGCAUUGGCAUGGUACCUUGCUGAAUAUGCCAGAGAAAAGUAUAAACUAAUCUCUUUCUUUGUCUUUCCCGAUAGCUAUGUUAUAUCUUCAUUUGGGAUGGUUUUUAGACUUCAUUAUGAGUUUAUACUAUGGUCUUUUCAUGGAAUAUGAUCAGCUACUGCUGCACCACCACACACACCCCAGUUUUCCAUCCUUGAAAGUGCUUUUUUGAGGCUUUGGAUAAGAAUUUGGCUGAAUUACAGCAAUGUACCUUUCCUUUUGAAUGCCAGUGAUAUUUCCAUAGAUGACGGAAUCCUUGUCUAUCAGACUUUCUUUUCUAGCUCUGGUUUUCUGAUGCUCCUUAUAUACCAAAAUUAUUUUUUUAUGAGGUCUCCAGGGCUGUAAUGACUAUUGACAACAUCUGUUUCAACAGAACUGACAGUGUUUUCCUCUUGUUGCACAGUGGGAACAGCCCAAUGCCCUGUGUAUUGUAUAUGAUGUUACCAAUGAACAGUCUUUCAGUAACUCUGCCAAAUGGCUUGAGAAGCUAAGGACCCAAGCCUCUGGAAUACAUAUUCCAGGUAGGAGACUGAACAUUUUUGCAUAUAUACUUUGUGCCUGUAACUCCUGCACAUGAGUUCUGACAGACAUCAGCAUCUCAGUUCCAAGCUGUUAGAAUGCCUUUCUUUUAUUCAGUCAGUAUCUGAAACAAAUAUGGGAAAUACAUAUGCCAUGUGACUCCCUUGUGGUGUUUCUUUCCAUUACCUUGUCAAACAACACAUUUUCCUGUCUCUUUUACCUGUUAACUUGCUAGAUUUUAUAGUGCCAUUGUUAAAAAUUUAAUGCUUCUUUUCUUCCUUUUUUUUGUGUAGGUGUGCUAGUGGGCAAUAAGACCGAUUUGAUCGAUAGGCGAGUUGUGGAACAAAAACAAGCUAAAGACUGGGCAGAAACCAAUGGCCUAGAAUACUGCGAGAUGUCAGUAGUGAGUGUCUAUAUAAUCGGAUGUAGAGAAAUAAUUGCUUUAAUUUUCAGAUAGAGGAGGCACUGGAUUAUGUUGUUGUCUUUCUGUAAUUUAGCUUGUUUCCAGCAAUUGUUGUUUCCUGCAAUUGUUGUUUCUUGAAGUAAUUAAACGAGUUUUUCCUCUGUCUUUAUAUAUUUAUUUUCUAUGUUUACAGAAAGAGAUGGAAAACUAUGAAGCCCCUUUUCACAUCAUGGCAAAUGCUUUUCACCGACUCUACAAAGAGAGGGUGGAAACCUUUCAUUCAUUGGUAUGAGGCACCUCUGAGUGUGAUAACGCUUAGCUUGUUUCAUUUCUUUGUGCCUGGAACUAAUCAAAUGUUUAGCAAUCCUGUAAGGGUGGAAGUUAGACUUUUAUUUUCUUAUUAUCAUAUGUUUUCCUGUAAUUCUAAGCCAAAAUAAACCUAUUGAAAGAGA